AUGGAACUCGGCUGUAACACAAACGUUCUUUAUCUAGAAAAUGUAAAAGUUACUGACAAUACCACGGUUAGAAUACAUGGAUCAUGCAAAAAGGUUACAGUGAUGAACUGCAAAGGAAGUUUUGAUCUAACUGACUUUGCUACCUGGUUAAAACUUAAAGUACAAGCUUCUUCAUCUGCUUUUAUGUUUAUUAGUGACACAAGGAGAAGUAUACAUGAAACAUACAUUCGAAACGUUCAAUUUGAUGUGUAUGAUAAUUUUAGAGAAAAUGAUAGUAAUUCUGAACAUAACAUCUCCAAUAAUGAUUUGUAUUGUGGAACUGACAGCAACUUAAAUGCGAAGGAAACAUAUAUUAUCAGCUCUCCUCUAGAUCUAGCUUUCCUCUGCAAUGUCAAAGUGAUAUCUCGAUUAUUUAAUGAUUACAGUUGUUGUUCUUACCAAUGUAUUAACAACAAUGAACAAAGUAAAUUUAUCCUAAAAUAUGUUAAGAUCAACAAAACAAUAUCGUUUGGUAAGAAUGUCAUUCAAAAAGUAUUUUUGAUCUAUACACGAAUUGAGAAUGAACAUAUUUUUGAAAUCAACGCUGGAUACAACAGUUUGUCAAUCAAAUAUUGCAAGGGCCGGUUUAUCAUUCCUGGAAUCCAAAUCGCUAGAACAGGACAGCUAUAUCUAUCUAAUGCCCAAGGUAUUGUACAGUUUCAGAAAGUAAAGGAUGAUGUUUACGAUUGUAAAAUAGUUGAAAAUAAUUUUAACAAAAUGAUAUUGAUUUCACGUAAAAUACGAACAGCCCUGCUACGGAACCUGCAAUUAUGUGAUGAUAUCGGAUUAGAGUUUCUUAGCGAAUGCAAAAAUCUACAUUUAAACAGCUGCCGAGGUACAAUCAUCUCUCCACAAAAUGAUUUUAGGAAAAUAAGAUUGAGCAAUUAUCGCCGAAAUUUUCCAAGUUACUAUCUAUCAUAUCCUGUGUAUGAAAUUGAAGUGUCAUCAUGCAACAUCAACAAUGAAAUUCUGCAAUUGGCAAACUCCAUAAAAAGAGUGCUGUUGUAUCGGCUUCUAGUAGCCUUAAAUUCAUCCAUUGUGGUAAAUCAUGAAUGUGAAAGAAUCAUCAUCAGGAAUUAUACAGGAGAGUUCGGCAUCCCGCUUGUCUUGAAAAUGUCACCAGUAUCCACAUCGAGCUUACACUUGCGUGCCGGUGUUUUGGUGUUUGUAAAUGAUUCAUCAAAUACCAAACGUCGUUUAUCAAUAAAGGAUGCUUAUGUUGCUCAUGAAACAGUUAUACAGAACAACAUACACACGGUAAACUUAAUAUCUAUGAUGGUACACGAAAAUGUGAAAUUAAGGAUUAAUGAUGAUUGUGAAGUUUUAUUGAUCGAUAAUUGCAACGGAAAGAUCGAGUUUUCAAGAUGUACUUGUUUAAAAUCGCUUACCAUAAAAGACUACAAGUUUAAUCAUUGCAAAGAUGUUUUUAACAAGCUUCUUUCAUUGUCACUUGAGCGUGUGACAAUAAAUGCUUCGGUUAAAUUGAAAGAGAAUACCAAAACAGUGAAAUUAGUGGAUGUAAAAAUGGGAUGGUUUUAUUCUAUGGAAAUCAAUGAGAAUUGCGAAACUGUGCAUGUCCAUGGUUCUACAGAAGAUUUGAGGAUACCGCAUAUGUUCAACUGCAUUGAAAAAAAGUUCACUGAUAAACCAGUAACUAUUUAUUAUGCAAAAAUAUUAGGACAGUUUGGCAGAAUAAUGUUUCUGAAAGACCUUUGUUUAAGAGAUAAUUACGAAGUUCCUAAUGAUAUUGAAUGUGUAAUUUUGCGUAACGUUGGUGUUAAAGAAGGGACCAAAUUGAUGCUUAACAGUGCGUGCAAGUAUCUAAAUAUUGAAGUACAAAAAGGUUGUAUUGACGUAUCUAAGGUAGAAAAAUUAGCAAAAGUCGUCUUUUUUGAUUGCUUACCUGUUUGCGAAGGUAACUUGUGGAGAUUUUCUGCUAAACAUAAGGACUGUACAGAUACAUCGCAAAAAAAGAGACUGGAGCUUCCUAAUUGCAUCGAAGAUAUCGUACUUGAACAUGUUAGUGUCCCUAAAGACAAUUUACUGGUAGUCAAUGAGGGUUGUCGAAAUAUUGCUAUAAUUUUUUCCAAAGGAUAUUUUGAUUUAUCCAAUGUUAAGCAGUUAAGAAAGUUUAAAUUGCUCAUCACUGGGCAAUGUCCAAUAAAUAUCGAAUUUCCAGAC